AUGGCCGAUGGUUUCCCCCGGUUUGAGACCGGCGGCCAGUAUCAAUACCAGUAUCAGAACAGCUCCCACCCGCGCAAUCAAUUGCACCACCGCGCCGGCUCUCCAAUCGCCAAUAACAGAGGGCUGUUCCAGUCCAACGCGGAUACGCCCUCCCCGAACCGCUCGCCGGGCCCCAACUCGCCGGCGCACAACAAUCUCUACGGCGCCAUGUACAAUCACAACAACCAUCGGCAAAAUCAUGGCCUGCUCAACGGCGGUGCGGCGCAUCAGAACUUUCAGGGACAGAUGAACCUGGGCAAGACGUUCCAGAGUCAAGCGCACGGCCAUCAGGGUCAUCACCUGAACAACCAGCAUAAUGACCAUAGUGGGCUCAGCGGGCAGCACAACUUCGCCAACCACCAGCACACCAUUUCCACCAGCACCCUCUCCAACACGACGCCUCACUUCACACCCGCGCAUCUGCAAAACGGCACGCCGGAGAACACGAAGCCGCGGAAUGAGCAUUGGGCGCAACAGAUGAAGCUUUACAAUGACCUGAGGAUGGCGGAACAUAAGACGCAUUACUAUGCCCGGAAUGCGCCGUCAGUGAACAGAUUCCCUGGCACAGCGCCAGCAAAUGAAGCUUUUGAUCAGCCAGGCGAGGAAGAAGAAGGCAAGAAGAGGCGGAUCAUAGAUGAGUCUGCGGACAUGGGUUCAUGGGACUCCAUGGAUCUUUGUGGCCAAGGACUGAAGGGCGUGGGACCAGCUUUGAUCAAAUACUACCCGAAGCUGCGCAAGAUGUAUCUGACCUGGAACAGGAUCAGAAGCAUACCGCCAGCGAUCGGGCAGAUGCGCUUUCUAACCUUUCUAGACCUGUCCAUGAACGAUCUUCAGCGUUUACCGCCUGAGAUUGGUAUGCUCACAAAUCUGGAGUAUCUCCUACUCUUCGACAACCACCUCGACGACCUACCGUGCGAGAUCGGACACCUCUAUCAACUCAAGAUGCUCGGUAUCGAGGGCAACCCGAUCAGACCAGAUUACAAGGAUCGAUUGAUGGAACACGGGACCAAGGAGCUUGUUCGAUAUCUCCGCGAGCAAGCACCCCGUAAGUCACUGCCGUAUAAAGUAGUAGUAAUUUCUGUGCUGAUCGAUAGAUACAGGCCCUGAGCCACCCAUGGAUCGUGAAUGGCUAACAAUCGACAAUUCCGAAGCUUCGGACAGCUUUACAGUCCUCAGCUGGAACAUUCUCUGCGAUCGGGCCGCCACUCAACAAGUGUACGGUUACACGCCUUCUGAAGCUCUCGUGUGGGAACAUCGCAAGAGUAUGAUCCUCAGCGAAUUGACCGGCAGACGAGCAGACAUCAUUUGCCUCCAGGAAGUCGACGGUGAGAAUUACAACGACUACUUCCGACCAAAUCUGGCCACCGAGGACUACAAGGGCGUAUAUUCGGCCAAGUCGAGGGCAAUGACGAUGGCGGAGAAAGAAGCGAAGACGGUCGACGGACCUGCGAUCUUCUACAAGAACUCCAAAUAUGUUCUCCUCGACAAGCAGGUUAUUAACUUCAGCCGCGAAGCCAUCCAGCGUCCGGACAUGAAGGGAGAGCACGAUGUGUACAACCGGGUGAUGCCAAGAGAUCAUGUGGCCAUUGUCGUCUUCCUGGAGAACCGCGUGACCGGCUCGAGAUUGAUAGUUGCCAACACACAUCUUACUUGGGAGCCGUGGUACAGUGAUAUCAAAAUCGUACAAGUGGCUAUUAUGAUGGAGCAACUCGCAAAGCUUUCGAAGAGGUACGCGGAGUGGCCCGCGUGUCAUGACAAGGAACUCUUCAAGUACGCCAACGAAGACAGCCCGGACGGAGUCGACAACGCUACGAAGAUGGUGCCUGGGCCAUCUAUGAAAUAUGAUGAUUCGACUCAAAUCCCGAUCCUUGUAUGCGGCGACUUCAACUCGACGAAAGACUCUGGAGUGUACGACCUCAUAACAAGCGGAUCGCUUUCCAACUCCCACGCUGAGCUUUGCAACAACAACUAUGGCAACUUCACGCGGCAAGGAAUGAGCCAUCCUUUCAGUCUCAAGAGCGCCUACUCCCACAUCGGCGAGCUUCCGUUCACGAAUUACACGCCAGAUUUCAGACAAGUCAUCGACUGGGUGUUCUACUCGCAGACUUCAAUGAGCGUACAGGGCCUGCUGGGUCAGGUGGACUCACAAUACAUGCGGAAAGUUCCUGGGUGGCCGGCUCACUAUUUCCCGAGUGACCAUUUGCCGCUUCACAUGCAGUUUGCUAUCAAGGAACGCAAGGAACGAAAAGCAAUUGAGGCGGCGGACUAUGGGUCUCGGCGAGAGAGUAAGAAUUGA